AUGUGCCAAACAACCCUCUACAAAGACACGCAUUGCAAACACCGCUGGAUGCGCAUCACCACUCCUUGUCUCCCAGGUGCGGGCUUCAACACCUGUCCCUCUUUUUCCUACAACAACAACACACACAACUACCACUACAACCACCAUUCUCCCGACGGCCUCUGCCACCAACCCCUCUGCCCCUACCAGCAACAUCCCCAUCCAAAUCACACCCCCAGCCACACCGCUACCUUUACCACUCCCAUUCAAGGCCAACUCCAAAUCCAAGGUCAUAACACCUGCCAAGUCCACCUUCCCGGCCCUCCCUACCACCAAAUCCAACAUAACUGCCCCCACCACCAACACCUAGUAGCCAAGCCCGCUCCACCCGCUUACAUCGCCCGCGGCGAACCGUGUCCGGAGUGUGACUUGAGGGGGGUUUACGAUCGGAAUCAGGUCAGGAUGGUUACCAAGAUUAAGAAGGGGAUUAAGCUUGGUGCAGGACCGAGUGGAGGGGAUCCGGGGGUUGAGGUUCGGUGUUGUGUUAUGUGA